UCUCAACCAUCUCAAAAUUCACAACCUCAGUCUCAACCAUCUCAAAAUUCACAACCUCAGUCUCAACCAUCUCCAAAUUCUCAACCUCAGUCUCAACCGUCUCAGAAUUCACAACCUCAAUCUCAACCAUCUCCAAAUUCUCAACCUCAGUCUCAAACUCAACCAAACCCACAAUCACAAUUUCAAUCAUCUCCACAGUCACAAUCACAGCAACCAACUUCUAUAAAUUCAAAUUCAGGCAGCAAUCCCCAAUCGUUUGUAUCUACCACGAAUGCAAAUUCAGAUCCACAAACAACCCUUCCAAAUUUUUCUUCAUCUGUGACUAAUGCACCAAGUUCUGCAGAUAAAAAUCAACCAAAGUAUAUAUCUGUAACAUUCUUAACAAGCACUACAGCAUUUCCACUUAGCCAGACCAACAGUAAUAAAGAUGCAGACAGCAAAUCAAAUUCACAAUCGUCAUCAACUAACAUCAGUAACUCAUCUAAUACAAGAAGCUCACUAACUUCAGAAGCAACCAAGAGUUCAAGCGAAACUACAACAAACUCGCUAACUUCAGCAACAUCCAAGAGUUCAAGCGAAACUACAAGAAGCUCGCUAACAUCAGAAGCAACCAAGAGUUCCAGCGAAAAUAAAAAUCCUACAACGACUGGCCUACCCAAUAAUGGUGCUUUUCUAAUUGUCGAUAAUUAUUCUGAAGUUAUAUUAAUGAUAACUUGGGCGUUUGGGUUUGUAAUAAGUAUACUUUUAGCUUAG